CGGAGACCGGAAGCCCCUUGUCGGUUCCGGGUUUUCUGGGCUACUACGAUGGCGAUGAGUUUCGAGUGGCCGUGGCAGUACCGCUUCCCGCCCUUCUUUACGUUACAGCCGAACGUGGACACCCGGCAGAAGCAGCUGGCCGCCUGGUGCUCUCUGGUUCUGUCCUUCUGCCGCCUGCACAAACAGUCCAGCAUGACGGUGAUGGAAGCCCAGGAGAGCCCGCUUUUCAACAACGUCAAGCUACAGCGGAAACUUCCUGUGGAGUCAAUUCAGAUUGUAUUAGAAGAACUGAGAAAGAAAGGGAACCUCGAGUGGUUGGAUAAGAAUAAGUCUAGCUUCCUGAUCAUGUGGCGGAGGCCAGAAGAAUGGGGGAAACUCAUUUACCAAUGGGUUUCCAGGAGUGGCCAGAAUAACUCUGUGUUUACUCUGUAUGAACUGACGAGUGGGGAAGACACAGAGGAUGAAGGAAUGCCCAGGAAUUGUGAGGCACAGCUGCAGCAGUGCACACAGCAUACAAAUAGAUUAUCCUGGCUUUGGAAGUCUCAGCUUCUGGCUCAGCCACAGUGAGAACUGAGUAUCCCUGACUGAGCAUCUCUUCCUGUCUAGAGUUCCAUGGGCUGGACGAGGCGACCCUGCUGCGCGCUCUGCAGGCCCUACAGCAAGAGCACAAGGCUGAGAUUAUCACUGUCAGCGAUGGCCGAGGAGUCAAGUUCUUCUAGCAGAGACCUGGCUCCUUUACUUCUUACCUCCCACCUUUCCAGGGCUUUCAAAAGGAGACAGACCUAGUGUCCCCACAGACUGGAUCUGUCACUCCUCCAGACUCAAAGGGCUCAAGUCCUGAAAGCUCAGACUUAGGGAUGUUUCCCACAUAACCCUUUAUUUCUGUCCCUGGGAUAGAGUAAGCCCACAGUGCCACGGAGAAAGGAUGCGUUUCUUGCCCUACCUCCUUUCCCAUCCUAUACUGUCCCCGAGCCAGGGUCUAUAAACCUGACACUUUACAUGUGUUCUCACACAUAAGUACACACCCACCUACAUGCGCCUGCACAAGCUUCUUUCUCCUCCUCCCACUCCUUUAGCUGCUGUUGCCUCCCUUCUCAGGCUGGUGCUGGAUCCUCCCCAGGGAUGGGGGAAGCCCUGGCUGCAGGCAGCCGGCCAGGCAGUAUGAAGAUAGGAAGCCCCAGAAGGGGCCUGGUGGUGAGAGGCGGGCCCACUCUGAUUUAUGAUAUUAAAAUCUCUACUCCCACUGUC